AUGAAUCGCUCCUUGAACAUUGAAGCGCAAGGCCUUCUCCCUACGAAACCAGACAACACAUACUUCUAUCCCUGGUUGCUCUUCGUGGUCGUCGCCUUUUACUACUGGAUCAAUCACGAAUCAUGGCAUUCACACCCUGCCAAAUCUACACCUGUCCCGCCCAUCACGCCAACACAUCCAGCUACUUCCCUCAAGCCUAGACCAAUACUCGACCCUGACAAUCUUCAAGACUAUCCUCUGCUCUCCAAAUGGGACAUAUCGCACAAUGUCACAGUCUUCCGUCUCGGUCUACCACAACCCACAGACGUCCUUGGCCUGCCAUCAGGACAGCACAUAGCACUAGCUUUCACCGAUCCUGAAACCGGAAAAGUCGUGGCUCGCUCAUACACACCUAUCUCAACUGACGACGACCGCGGGUACUUCGACGUCCUCGUGAAAUUAUACCCAGAUGGUCUCAUGUCGAAGCACCUCCAGGCUCUCCAGGUCGGAGACCUCGUCAAAGCACGCGGGCCCAAGGGUGCCAUGGUCUACAAGCCAGGCAUGUGUGAGCGCAUUGGCAUGAUCGCUGGAGGAUCUGGGGUUACGCCUAUGCUACAGAUCAUCAAGGCUGUACUUGCCCAGAGGCCUACAGACACUACCCAAAUAGACUUGAUUUACGCGAAUCGCACAUUCGACGACAUCGUCUUGAAGGAUGUGCUCGACGAGAUGGCCGAGAAGGACCCGGGUUUCAAGGUCCACUAUGUCCUAAGCCAAGCGCCUGAGAAUUGGACCGGGUCGAUUGGCCAUGUCACCAAGGCGAUGAUCAAGGAGAGGUUACCGCCUGCGCAAGCUGGGACAAAAAUCAUGCUCUGUGGACCGGCAGGUAUGCAGGAUUCUAUGAAGAUCUACUUGGAAGAACUAGGGUUUGACAAAGCGAGACUCGUCCCCAAGAGAGACGAUCAAGUCUUCUGUUUUUAG